ACAGGGUGAGGAUGGUAAUCACACUAGGAGCCUUCCAGUACAAGCUGCCACAACAACUUCAACUGCAGGUAUGGCCAACGCCAUGUUGGCGGGAGUUCCUCCGGCGUUUGGUCUCUACAGCUCUCUCUAUCCUCUGAUCAUCUACUUCAUCUUCGGCACCUCCAGACACCUCUCCAUCGGUACUUUAACCAUCCUGGCCAUCAUGAUUGGGUCUGUGACAGCCAACGUGGAGUUGCUCAGUGAUGGUGGUGAAGAGAGUCAGAUUGAUGUGGAUGCGGCCAAAGUGAACGUGGCUGUACAGCUCACCUUCCUCUGUGGCCUCAUACAGCUCCUAAUGUACCUGCUGCGUGGAGGUGGUAUGGGUCGCUGGCUGUCUGACCCAGUAAUCAGAGGCUACACCACAGCAGCAGCUCUGCAUGUGAUGGUCCUGCAACUGCCACUGAUGACUGGAGUCCCUGCACAGAGACACACUGGACUGCUGACUUCACUUUGGACAUUAAAUGAUGUUCUGCACCGAGUGACCAGUGCUGUGCCAGGAGCGCUGUCAGUCUCCGUGGUUUCCAUGGUGAUACUCAUCGGAGGCAAAAUGUUGAAUGAGCGAUUUAAGGACAAGCUACCUGUCGCCAUACCAUGGGAACUUAUACUGAUUGUCUUGGGCACCAUCCUGUCGGUGCAGAUGGAUCUGGUUGGACAGCACACAGUCCAGGUGGUGGGACACAUACCCAGUGGCCUGUCUUCCCCGGUCCUUCCCUCUCUCUCUCAGGCCAGAGAGCUGUUCAUUCCAGCUCUGUCAGUGGCUCUGGUCGGCUUCAGUUUCCUCUCCGCCAUGGGCUCAGUGUUCGCCCACAAACAUGGCUACCACGCGGACAGCAGUCAGGACCUGCUGGCUCUGGCUCUGUGCAACACCAUCGGAGGAAUGUUCCAGUGCUUUGCGGUCAGCUGCUCCUUCUCUCGCAGUAUGGUCCAGGAUAGCAUUGGUGUCAAAUCACAGAUGGCCGGAUUGAUAUCCGCUCUGUUGAUCCUAACCAUCCUGUUGAAGAUUGGCCCUCUCUUUGAACAGCUGCCAAAGGCGGUGUUGGCAGUCAUCAUCCUGGUGAACCUGCAAGGGCUACUGGCUCAGUUCAAAGAUGUGUGUGUGCUCUGGAAGUCUGACAGAUUGGACCUGCUGGUGUGGGUAGCCUCGCUGCUUUCCACGCUGGUCUUUAACCUGGACCUGGGUCUGGCUGUGGCGGUCACCUUCUCUCUACUCACUCUCAUCUACAGGACGCAACACUCCUCCGCUGUUGUUUUGGGUCGUAUUCCUGGUACAGACUGUUACAGAGAUGUGAGACUCUAUACUGAGGCAAAGCCAGUUCCCGGGGUGACUAUACUCUCGUAUUCCAGUGCUAUUUACUUUGCCAACUCUGAACUUGUCUUCACACAAAUCAGACAGACAGUGAGUCGUGGUCAGAAGGAGAACCCAGCUGGAGUCCACAUCCCUUCUUCUUCCUCCUCCUCCUCAGGCCGGAUAAGGAGGCACACCCAUUGCUUGGUUCUGGAUCUCAGCUCAGUCACCUUCAUGGACUCGAUGGCCAUGUCUGCACUUUGCAAGGUUGCAGGAGACUUGGAAGUCCAAGGUGUGGGCGUGUUUCUGGCAUCUUGCCCAGAGAGAGUUUUAUCUCAGCUCCAGGCUCGGGGUUGUAAACCGGACAGCCUGUCCACCUCCGGUCUCUCCCCGUCGGUCCAUCACGCUGUCCUGCGCUGCCUCAGCACCCUGCCGAGGCCACUGGAGGAAAUCAACCCAGAUGCAAGUGAAUGUUGAACCUACAUGACUGCUGCUAUUACAGGACAGUCAAGUCCUCUCAGCAUAUCAACC